AUGCAUUAUAUUUCUUUCCCUCUCCUUCCUUCCUUCCUUCUCUUCCUGACUCUCCUACCCUACCCUUAUUUCCCUCUCCUUCCUUCCUUCCUUCUUUCCUUCCUUUCCAACCACUCCUUCCUUCCCCUUAUUUCCCUCUCCUUCCUUUCUUCCUUUCCAGCCUCUCCUUCCCUCCCCUUAUUUCCCUCUCCAUCCUUCCUUUCCAGCCUCUCCUUCCUUCCCCUUAUUACCCUUUCCUUCCUUUCUAACCUCUCCUUCCCUCUCCUUCCUUCCUUCUCUUCUUGCUUCUCCUUCCCUCCUCUUAUUUCCAUCUCCUUCCUUCCUUUCCAGCCUCUCCUUCCCUCCCCUUAUUUCCCUCUUUUCUUUCUAACCUCUCCUUCCCUCUCCUUCCUACUCUUCUUGCUUCUCCUUCCCUCCUCUUAUUUCCAUCUCCUUCCUUCCUUUCUAGCCUCUCCUUCCCUCCCCUUAUUUCCCUUUUUUCUUUCCAGCCUCUCCUUGCUUUCUAGCCUUUCCUUCCCUCUCAUUCCUUCCUUCUCGCUUCUCCUUCCCCCUCUUAUUUCCAUCUCCUUCCUUCCUUCCUUUCCACCUUUCCUUCCCUCUCAUUCCUUCCUUCCUUCUCUACUUGCCUCUCUUUCCCUCCCCUUAUUUCCUUCUCCUUCCUUCCUUGUCUUCCUGCCUCUCCUUUCUUCCCCUUAUUUAUAUCCUGAAACGAAAUACGUGCCACCUGAAUAUGAAAAACAUGGAAAUAGUGAGAAGUCACAUUUGUAUUCUUUGGGCUGGACACUUAUCGAAGCAAAUGGAGGAAAAUUUGAUGAAGAAAAUAAUGGACUGUCCAAACUCGUAGACUGCUUGACUGCCCGAUUACCAGAAGAACGUCCAACCAUCCAAGAAGUCAUCGAUAUUUGUAAUUCUGUUCUUCAAAAUGAGUCCUCAGAGAAAAUAUGUCAAGAAUUGUUCGACAGAGUUGAGAAAAAUACAGAUAAUGAAGACUUUGUUCCUGUCCAGAAACGGCAAACUCUCAAAACUGAAGAGAAAGAACCAGACACUAAAAGACAUGAAGAUGAUCUUCUUAGCAAUAAGGAAAUAAAAGACACGAGUCGUAAUGACAAUUGUAAUGUGAACCCUGACCUCCAAAUCGAUGAUGAUGAUGAUACCUCUUCUUUGUUGGGGGAAAUCAAAAAAGCCAAAUCAUUCCAAGGAGAAACUGCUAAACAAAAACACAACAGAAUAAAAGAAAUGAAGGCCACAACAUUGCAGGACAUCAUUGAUAUAACUGGACUGUAUUUUGAUGAGACAGAGUUAUGGGCCUUGUGCAGAGAAACUCUUCUCUUGUUAAACAAAAUAAAAGAGAUACCUUCUUAUCUUUCCCUUGAUGUUGUGGCGAUUCAGCCAAAUGGACACUUGCUCUUUGUUGAUCCACCUCCUCAAAAAAGUAUGGACAUUACUUUUGUUGCUCCAGAAAUCCACAGACAAGAAAAAAUAACAGAGAAGACUGGAGUCUAUGGACUUGGAAUGGUUUUAUGUCUGGCAGCAGGUUGGAAGAAAUCAGGUCCAGUUGCUAAUCUUGGAAUGUCAGACAUUAUGAAAGACCUUCUGGAGGACAUGAUUUCCUCUGAAGCAAACCAUAGACCAACAACUAAUUGUAUAUAUGAGUUGUGUGAAGCACAUGAGAAAAGCGCUUUAUACUCUUCACAGAAUAUCUGCCAAAGUUUAUAUGAAGAAUGUGUUCAAAAUUUACUGGAAGACAUGGGAAACACUACUGAAACAUUUGUCAGUGCUAGUCGCCGUGUAGUCGAGAAACUGAGACAACUUGAAGAAGUCUACACGAAACAAACAUCAAAAGGAAAUUUGUCAAAGCCUAGCAACAAGCUUUCAGAAUCUGAGAAAUCAGAAUCUGCCACCAAAGACAAGCCCUCAAUGCAAACAGAACAGGAGACAUCCAGCUGUCAGUCCGACCCUAACUGUUGUGACUCUUUGGAGGAUGAUGAAGAACCACGGGUAUCUGUCGACAACUUCCAGGAGUUGCGGCACCAUGCUGACUUUAAAAGAUGUUCUUACAACCGUUGUUCCUUGUGUCUGUCUCAUGGCCGUAGAGCCCAAGACUUGGUCCACAAGUUACGUUCCCGCCGAACGAAAAAACCCAAGGAGGUCAAGCAAUCUAAAUGUCACUGCCUUAACAAUAAGAAAUGGUCCUCCGAGGCAUCUCUGCCAAGAUCCCAGGAACAGUACCCUAAAGCAGAAACUUGGCCUGGGCAUUUUGAUAUGACGCUCAAAUCAGGUCAGUUUCAUUGCAAUAGUGAAGGUUGCCCAAGAAACAAAAAAGAAUUUGAAUUUCAUUCACAGCCAUUUCCACAGAACCAAAAUCUGUCAAAGAAUCAGCCAGAAAACAUGUGCAAUCAAGAAACAUCUGGUUUUGAAACUUCCGAUAAAAACUCUUUUCUUCGUUCUAUCUCUGAACCAAAUCAUUCAAACGAUAAGCGUUUAUUGUAUCAUUCACCUCGUCAUCAAAGCAAAUCACUUGACUCUGAGGUGACACCACAUCAAAAACAUCUCUUCUAUCAUUGUGAAUGCAGCACUUUCAUAGACAAUGACCAACAGGAGUUUUCUUCAUCUUCCACCCCUAAUCUGACUCCAGAAGAAAUUCCUGUGUCCUCAAGCGAUGACAACAAGAUGCUUGGAAUGCAUGAAAUCAUUCAGCGUCAUGUGGGAACCCAUGAUUUGGAGAGGAAUCCUGAUGAAAAUUUUGUCAUGGGUGCAGGAAUUGCCAGUCUUAAAGGUUUAUGCUGGGAAAAAUUUCAAAAUACUUUAACAACAAUCUACCCGAAUCAUGAAUGGAGUGAAAAGUGCCAGCAGGAAAUUUUUGCCAUUAUCAAUUACACUAUGGAAGUCAAGAAUUCUUUGAAAUUGGAUUCUGGACUAAAAUCUAGCAGCCAUCUUCCUGGAAAUGAUACCUUAGACCAAACAUUUUCCCUGGCUUCAUGUACCAACUCUGAAAUGAGUCUCUGCUUAAAAGAUCCCAUUGCUGGAAAUUCUAUUCCAGAAUUUCAUGACUGCAAAGAGAGUCUGGUAAAUGGUAAAAUUCCUGCAUCUUCAGAUUUGACCACAAUGCAUGCUUUUGAAGUGAACCCCAUUAAGGACAUAAAAGGCUUGUCAUUUGAUCAGGGAGAUGUGACUGUUCCAUUACCAAAACCAGCUGAAGAAAGCCAGUUUCAACUGAUUAAGAAAAGCGAUGAUGAUUCGAGAGAAUUGUUAAAAAAGAAAAUAGCAAAACAAAGGCAUGACAGUGAAGAGAGGAACAUUCUCAUUCGUAGCAAUGCCGUUGAAGAAGAUAAUGAUAAAAAUGUUUCCGAUUCUGAAUUCUUGGAUGAAUUAGGCACAAAAGAAUGUGCCAAUGUUGCAGAAAAGAACCCAGAACCAGACAAGUUGGCCGACAAAAAUAUCAAUCAGAAUUCACUCUUUGGUAGGGAAACCUUUUUCUCAAGCACUAGCAGUUUGGAAAAAGAAGAAUUUAGUGAAAGGCAGACCUCAUUGAUUGAUUCCAAAACAUCCAUCGAUGUUGAGUGCAUUGUGCAAAAGCAAGAAUUUCUUCCAGAAGCAACAAAAAAAGACAAGGUAUCAAGACACAGUUCCGUCAUGAAGAGGUACCGAUCUUAUCAGGAAUCUGGAUCUUUGCUCAAAGUUGGCAUCAUUCCUAGCUCAGAGGCAGACUCUGAUUUUGGCCCAAGACACAGUGUUUCAACAGAAGAUGGAAAUGGUGCAGACGAAGAUGAAACUCCAACUUGUAGCAGUGAUAUGGCAUCAUCUCCUAUCAGUGAGUUAUCUCUAGAUGGUGAUGACCAGUUUUCUGAGUCAGGCAAAACCAUUUGCCAGGAAGCACCAUUCCUCUCAAAUGAUGUAUCAGUUCAUUCUUUGGAUUUUUCGGGAUCACGAAAAAACAGUAUUUUGAUUCCAGUUUUGAAUGACAACAGCAGAGUUGUUUAUCAUUCUGCAGAUUUGGUCCGAUAUUCAGACAACACUGAUGUGAUGACCUUCCUGAAAGGAAUUGAUAAAUCUGAUUUCACAUCUUUGAACACACGUCUGAAGAUUCUCCAACAACAGCUGAUGUUAGAAAGCAAAGAAUGGCAAAAGAUGAAUCGAUUGUACCAAAGUCUUCAAAAUAAAGAAACUUGGAAUAAAAGUAACAAACUCCAAAUGACAAGAGUCUACAAUGACUUGAAAGAAUGUGAAGAAACCUUAAAUUGCUUACAAUUGUAUCAACAACAUUUGGAGCUGCUCAUUGUAAGCAAAUGCAGUAUCCCUCAUGACUUGGUCCAUUCGCUUACGAUGUGUGAUGGCACCAAACCUUUGGAUCUGAUACCCCAGAAAGACAACCCCCAUCUUCACUACCAUACAAUCAGUGCAACUGAAAACACAACAGGAAUGGACACUUAUGUUCUCAAUGCUGGUUUCCCAAGAGCACUUUUUGCUAAUCUUUAUACCCAGUCUGCGCUGGUUGAAGGAAUCAUCCAUCAGUUUUUUUACUGUUAUCGUUAUUUCUCAUCCCCUCAGCAAUUAUUUUCUUUCAUGACCAGCACGUACACAGCUUCCAAAAGGUAA